AUGUCUAAGAACGUGGCCACAUUGCCCGUGGACUCGAAUGUGAAGUCCAAAGAGGCCCAAGUUGGCGGAGAUUUGGCACAGAAGGCAUAUUCCGAAAUGGCGGAUUCUGGCAAUAAAAAGAGACACUCGAUGUCAUCGCAAGCGGGGUCAAACAAGGAAGUUUUGGUUGCAUCAAAUGCCCAGGGACUUAUGAAACUACCUGUGCCCAAUGAAAACGGUACUGUAGGACCAGCACCGCUGGAAAUCACGGACCCCAAACAAUUUCGGACUGCACCAUCCAGGGACAUUAAUCUGCACGACACCAGUAUCGACACAGCCGCCUACGAAGAAAAGGAACGAGCUAUAGAAAAGAUGAAAGAAAAGUUGGAAAGCGGUAAAUCCGAUGACACUUAUCCGUGGGAAUCUAUCGGGGGAUUUUUUGGCAGCAAUGUAGCUCCAUCAAGCGCCGACGGUGCUGCUGUAAAGGGGUACAUUACCGAAAGAUUCUACAAUGACUUGUACUACAACAUGGCAGGUUUAGUAGGGACGUGCUAUUUCUCAUGGCUUUUGGCUUAUUGGAGAUUUUCGUGGCUAUCGUUGUUUUUCGUCUUUUUCUGUGCGGGAUCCGUGUAUCGCACAGAAUUCCGUCGCUUCAAUCGUAAUAUUCGUGACGAUCUCACGGGUAUCGUGGUUGAGGAGACUCUUUCGGACAGAAAGGAAACGACGUUGUGGCUGAACUCAUUUUUAUCGAAAUUUUGGGUUAUCUACAUGCCAGUUCUAUCGCAGCAAGUAAAGGACAUUGCUAACCCGCAACUAGCUGGUGUCGCCCCCGGAUAUGGUAUCGAUGCACUUUCUUUGGACGAGUUCACGCUGGGAACAAAAUCGCCCACAAUUGAUGGAAUUACAUCCUACACUAAGAAGGGUAAAGAUAUCGUAGAAAUGGACUGGGAGUUUUCUUUCACACCAAACGACGUGUCCAACAUGACGGCCAAAGAAGCCAAGGAGAAAAUUAAUCCUAAAAUCGCACUUGGUGUCACUGUCGGUAAGGGCUUUGUUUCUAAAUCUUUGCCCGUUCUUGUGGAAGACAUCAACUGCAAGGGGAGAAUGCGUAUCACCAUCAAACUGGGGCAAUCAUUCCCUAACAUUAAAAUUGUGUCCUUGUCUUUAAUGGAACCACCAUAUAUCGACUUCGCUUUGAAGCCUGUUGGUGGCGACACCUUGGGUCUUGACAUUAUGUCUUUCUUGCCGGGCUUGAAGACGUUUGUCAAGACUAUGAUCAACUCGAAUGUGGGUCCAAUGCUAUACAAUCCUCAUAAAUUAGAUAUUGACGUGGAGGAGAUCGUGGCUGCACAAGCUCAAGAUGCAAUUGGGGUUGUGGCAGUCACCCUUCACUCAGCUGAUGGCUUAAAGGGCUCUGAAUUCCUCGGGAACACCAUCGACCCUUAUAUCACCCUCACAGCAGAAAACGGCAACAUUGGCGAGACGACUAUCAGAACCUCAGUCAAAUCCGACAACAAAUCACCUCGCUGGAACGAGACGAAAUACGUUUUGGUUAACACUCUCGACCAAAAGUUAUUUCUCAAUUGCUACGAUUUCAACGACAUCCGCAGGGAUACUCUUAUUGGGAAGGCCGAGUACAAUUUAAGCCAGCUAUUGCAAACGGUGGCUGUGACUGGACAGAAAGCGAAAUUGAUUUCGGGAGGCGGUACAAGAGGUACUCUUAAUUACGACCUUCACUGGCUACCUGUUGUACAACAAGACUCGGCUGCUGUUAAAGAAGCUCAACGUGAUUCAGGCAACGGCACAAAAAAUAAAGUUGACAAAGAUUCGGAGUCAGAACAAGAAGAACAAGAGGAUGGGGAAGAUGAAGAGCAAGAUGACCAGUCUGCUUCUGAUGUUGGUAUUUUGAAAGCUACUUUUCACAAAGCUAGAUUUUUGAAAGGUUCUGGAUCAUCCUCUGGCGCUUUGAGCCCUUGUGCGGAAAUGUCAAUUGAUGGUAAAGUGGUGAAGGAGUAUAGAACUCUCCGUCGCAUCAAUGAACCUUCGUGGGAAGAGGGCAUUGAAGUACUAGUUCCAUCCAAAAGAAAUUCCACGUUAUCCGUCAAGAUCUUUGACGUUAAGAUGACAGGAAAGGAGCUACUUUGUGAAUAUUCCUCAUCAAUGGCUGAUAUUCUAAAUCUUGCCGAAAUGGGACAGACAGCUUUGAAUGCGUCGCCUCAAGGUGAGUUGUUUUUCUCGGCAAUUUGGAAACCUAUUGCUAUGACAGGAUCCUUCGCGCCAGUGAAUGCUGUUCGAGACCCGCUUGGGGUUAUGAGAGUGCACAUCAAGGAUGCUAUGAUUGAUGAAAAUCUUUCUGGCGUUGGUGAUAUUGACCCUUACGUUACUGUGUCCUUGAAUAAUGAAGUGAGAUAUGAGACUCAGUAUUUCUCGGAUAAUCGUGAACCUAACUUCAACAGCGUCGUUUAUGUGCCAAUAACGUCCGAAAGUCAAUCAAUCGUUUUGGGUAUAUUUGAUUAUCAGAAAGUUGGAAAGGAUCGACCAAUUGGUUCAUACACCAUACAGGCCAAUAAGGUGAUGCAAAAAGAUCCCGAAACUAACCGAUACGUAUCAACCAAGAGACCGGAAACAAGUCAAUGCAGACUAUUGGGCAAAAACAUGAACCUCACGAAAAGUUUCGUUAACGUUGAACUAUCAUUCAUUCCAGUACACAAGGUUUACAGCCCUGAUGAGCUCAUGAAAGUUGAGCAGCUCGAGGAUAAGAUCAAGGAGCGCAAAGCCAAAUUUAUGAAAGAGCAAGAGGAAUUGAAGGAGAAAAUGAAGGUACAUCCUGAUCAGUAUGAAAUCGUCAAAAUGGACGUGGAAGACGAGAGCAGCGUCCAAAUAGAGGGAAAGGAAAAAUGGUCAGUCGAGAAACUUCUAAGUGUCAAUUCAGGCGUUCUCAACUAUCAGAUCUUGCGUGGCAAACUAUCAAAGCAGUCUGCGCAUUUACAGGUUCUAUUCGACGACAUAGCAACACCUGCUUCAACCUCUAUGAAGUCAAGGGCUGGGGAGGUCGUACCAGACAGUGGCUCAUGCUUUAUCCGCGAUCUUAAUCACAGUCGUAUUACUCUGCGGUUAUCGAAAAAUUCUAAACCCAAAGAUUUGAGUGACAUCCUAGCCGAGCAAUCAUUUUCUGUUAAGGAAUUACUAGAAAAAGGAAUCAAAAACCCCACCGUCGUCAAGGCUCAGGGCUCCGAUAUUGAAAUGCGCUUUUUAUACUCGCCCGCCGAAGCUCCUUUGUCGCCCAAUGAGUCAAUUGAAGAUACAGGAAUACUGAAGUUGAACAUCAUUUCUGCCAGUGAUGUGCCUUCGCAUGACAGGAACAACAAAUCCGAUCCUUUCGUGGAGAUAAAAGUGGACGGAAGGAGAGUGGAAAAAACAGAGGUAAUCAAAAAGACUUUGUCCCCUGUUUGGAAUGCAACAGUUGAGAUACCUGUGCCUUCAAGGGCUAGGUCUGAUCUUCAACUAGAGGUCUACGAUUGGGACAGGGCAGGCUCCAAUGAUUUGCUUUGCUCCACUGCCUUAGACGCCAAAAUGUUUGUCCCAGGUAAGACCCAUGACCUCGAAUUGCAGUUGGAACCUCAAGGUACAGUUAAGCUGAAGGCCACUUUCGUGCCCGAAUAUCUAUUCCCCGCACUGGAUCCCGCGAAAGGUGGUUUAGCCAUCAAGCCAUUCAAAGCUCUGGGCGGUGUUGCUAAUAUGGGUGUAGGUGUAGCAGGUGCUGGUUUCGGAACAGCCCAAGGUGUCGCAAGUGCGGGUUUUGGUGGUGUACAAAAAGGAGGUAAGUUUUUAAAAGGUUUCGCGAGUAAAAAAUCUAAGAAAGAGCUUGAGACCCGGAAAGCUUCGCGCGAUGGUGGGGAGCGUCAGGACCCUAACGUUCGGAAAGCCCCUAAGCAUUCAAUGGAUUACGACGUGACCCGACCCAACACUAGUUACGCGGAAGUGCAUGGUGGUAGUGCAGGCAGCCCUCCUGGCCACGAAACUGCUUCAAGUACAACAAAAAACGGAGAAGGGUCGAGCGUCGUUGGCGCACCCGGCCCGAUACACCAACGUUCCUCUUCAACGGCCAGCAGCUUUGCACGUACCCUGGCUCCCAACGGUACUUACAGAGGUAAAGUCACUGUGGUUGGAGCUCAAAACAUGGGUAAAGCUUCCUUGCAAUUGCGCAUCUCUUUGGCACAAGGUGGGCGUAUGAAGCAUAUGUAUCGGACGGAAAGCCGGAAAACUAACUCGGAAGGACGCGUAGAUUACAACGAGUCUUGCGAAUUCAAGGCUUCCCCAGACGCCAAUUUAGUGUUUGGUGGUGUAUCUACGCACCGCUUCGGCAAAGAUACCGAACUGGGGGUAGCACAAGUUCAGCUAGGUGACGCUAGGAUACAGCAAGAGGGGAUUUUGUCCUUGAAGCUCGGUAAAGGGAAUCUACUCUUGAGAAUUGAAUACGGUGACAACGAGGCACCACCUGUGCCAGCAAUUCCAUCCGAGUACAAAACCCAGGACUAA